UGAAAUAAUGAAAUAUCAUUUUGAUGGAAAAAUCAAGCAAAUUGUUCGAAUAAAUGAAUCCUUUUGCCAUGAUUACGAACUUUCUUCACUUAGUAUGAUAAUUGAUGAUAUGAAUAGUCAGGAGCCAUUAAUUUACUUGUUAAGUAGUGAACACAUAUUUGUGACAGACAUUAACGUUUCUAUGUGCAAUGCGAUUUUAGACAAGAAAAACAUAAGUGAUUACUACUUCCAAUCUAUGACUAUUGACAAAACAAACAUUUACAUUUUAGCAAGUAUAUACGAAUAUUCGUCUGAAUUUACUCUUUACGUUUUGGAAAAGAAAUAUGCAAGUCUCAAAAGCGUAAAUGCAGCUGAACAUAUUGAAAAGAUAAUAAUAAGCUCAGAUAAGAAAAAUGAUAUUUAUAGAAUUUACGCUUUUGAUAAAUCUUUACAACCAUAUCCUCCAAUGAGAUGUCUGACACCUGACGAAAAAGUUUAUAAUUUUGAGAAUGUGAAUGCAAUGGCAAACAGCAUCAUUGUGAAUCUUCCGGAGCCGGUUGUAAAGAAUGGAUGCAAAAAAUAUAAUUUACCAACUACUAUAUAUACUAUCUCUAUAAGCUGUUUAGACAACAAUCUCAACAAGUCUGAGAAAUUCAAUGUGCAGACGGUCGAACGAUAUUACGUGAUUCAGAACUUGGCACCAUUUACAGAGUACAAGUUGAAGUAUACUUUAAGCAAUUUUUACUUUGAUCAAUUAUCAAUAAAUCCAUUUGAUUCGAAUGUGAUAUCAAUAAAAACUAAUUCAGGCAAGCUUAGUGCACCAGAAAACAUAAGUGUUCUAGCUUUGAAGCCUACUAUAGCAGUAGUUCAUUGGAUGCCAUCCAAAAAAGUGAACUGCGUGGCCGUGGCCUACGAAGUGCAUUGGAAGUCAGUUACAUUAGUGAACGGCACGCAACAAAAGGGUAAACAAUUUAUCAAUAUGCCGAAACGUACGGCAGACGGCAGAUUUUUCACAAAGAUUAACUUGUCGCUACCGGUACAAGAUUACUUGAUAUACGUGCGUGUGUAUCCAAAUAAUUUCAGUGCUUUGUACAACGAGAGUUUAAGCAAGAUCGUUCACAUAUACUCAGAACCAAGCAAUAUUACUUUGAGCGGGGUCGACAUAAAUAGCAUGGACAUUUCAUGGAUCCCAAACAUCAAUCUGACGGUUCUUCUUACACUAGAGUACAAAGAGAUUGCAACAGGAAAGUGGCAAAAAACGAAUAAUAUUAAAAUAAAUUAUAACAAAGAAAUGAUAUACCAUAUCGAAAAUUUACAAUCGGGAACUUUAUACAAGUUUCGUUUGAUAUUAAGAUAUCCCGAAUAUGAGGAAAAUUUUACAUGGCCGGCUGAUGAAAGAUUUAUUUUUUCAACACUUGUGUAUCGUCAACGCAGAGAUAAUAAUGAACGACUUUUAUCUUCAACAAUGACCGAUAUAGAAAUGGAGAUUCAACAUGAAGUGCCUUGCCAAUAUACUGAAUUCAAUACGAAUUACAGUCCUGUGUUACAUAGUAACCCAGAUGAAUGUGCGAUAACUAAAAUCGCACGAAAUCAAAUUACACUUACAAAACAUCUUUGUAGCGGCGCAUUCGGAACGGUGUUUCAAGGAAAGGUGAAGAACUUAGAAGGAUCGAGCACGGAGAUAUCCGUUGCAAUAAAAACGCUUCGAAAAGAUGUCUCUUCCCAUGAGAAAAAGAAUUUGUUAAAGGAAGCCGAACUUAUGAAUCAUUUUAGACAUAAACAUAUAUUAAGAUUGUUGGCCGUUUGCUUAGAUGGAGAUUCUCCUUUACUAGUGUUGGAAUUGAUGGAAACUGAUGAUCUGUUAAAAUAUUUGAGAGAUUGUCGAAAUUUGGAAGCGUCAGAUUCGUCUGCUUUGCAUUUGCAGGAUUUGCUCGCCAUGUGCGAAGAUGUUUCGCGAGGUUGUUGCUACUUGGAAGAAUUGCGUUUCGUACAUAGAGACCUAGCAUGUCGUAAUUGUUUAAUAUCUUCGAGGAAUCGAGAGAAUCGUGUCGUCAAAAUUGGGAACUUUGGACUAGCUAGAGAUAUCUACAAGGAUGAUUAUUAUCGCGUGAAAGGAGAAGAUUUGCUCCCUGUUCGCUGGAUGGCACCCAAAUCUUUGAUGUUCAGAACAUUUACUUCUCGAAGUGAUGUUUGGUCAUUUGGGGUAUUAAUGUGGGAAAUUACAUCGUUGGGUGAGAAACCUUAUGUUACCAAAACUCAUGAAGAAGUGAUAAAUUAUGUACGUGCUGGAGGCAAGUUGCCGAUGACUCUUAAUUGUCCGUCACCAUUGUACCAGUUGAUGCAACAUUGCUGGAGUGCAGCGGAUGCUAGACCAAAUUUCAAAUUUUGUCUGGAAAAUAUUAUAACAUUAAGAAAGAACAUUGAAGAUGCCUUACUGAGUCCAGUUGAUAAUAUUUAGCCGAUAUAAUUAAGUUAAUAUUUAUG